AUGCCCGACCUCUCCAUCACGUCUCAUGACAAGCGCACGGGAAACACAAAAGCUACGCUGGACACCAAUGCUAGGACCCCUGCCUCAGGCCUGCCACUGAUCGGAGGAGACCUGCUGCAGGCUGGAGGGGGUGGACACAGUCUCACAGCCCGCUCCUGCUUCUCCCUCUCCGCUCAGUCUCUGAGGAGCAGCGCUUUCACGCACCACGCACACUUGGAUUAUUACACGCUUCUCACAUCGUUCGCCUCCGCUGUGACCUGCGACACUGAUGAACGGGACCUGGUCUUAUCUCUGCUGCUUUGUUUUGAUCCGCCGCGUUGUGACUUAACUGCUGCUUCUGUCACGCGGAGUGUGCGUAAAUCCGGGGGUUCCUGA